AUGGAUAAUAAAGAUACAAAUAAUUUAUUUUUUAAAGUCUGGAGGAAUGUGGUUAUAAGAGGUGAAAUUACAAAACAAUUAAAACUAUUCAUAUAUGAUAACAAAUUAUUCAGAUCAACAGCAGAAUUAAUAAAAUUCCCAAAUAAAGAUUACCUUACAAAUGUAACAAUAGACUUUAAUGAAGAUUUUGAUUUUGGACUAUUACCAUCCAUUGAAAUACUUGGAUUUGGUUAUUGGUUUAAUCAAAUGCCCAGGUUUAAUCAAAUACCCUCAUCAGUUAAAACAUUAAAUUUUGGGAAAAAUUUCAAUCAACCACUAAAAGCAGGGGAUAUUCCACUAUUCAUAGAAAAUUUAAUAUUUGGUGAUAAAUUUAACCAACCACUUAAACAAGGAGAUAUACCACUAUCGAUUAAAAAAUUGGUAUUUGGUUAUUAUUUCAAUCAAAUACUUAAUGAAGGUGAUAUACCAUCCUCAGUUCAAACAUUAAUUUUUGGUGAUAGAUUCAGACAACCAAUUAAUAAAGGUUCUAUUCCUCACUCUGUAAAAAUAUUAAAAUUUGGUACCGAUUUUUUUGAAAUACUUAAAGAAGGUGAUAUACCCCCCUCAAUUGAAGCACUAACAUUUGGUAACAGCUUCAAUCAGCCAAUAAAACCGGGUGAUAUUCCUUCAUCUGUUAAAACAUUGGUUUUUGGUCUUGGUUUUAAACAAACACUUAAUAAAGAGGAUAUACCACCAUCGAUAGAAAAAUUAAUGAUUAAAAAUGUAAUAUAA